AUGUUUUCUGAGUUUGAUUUUAUAAUCGUCGGAGCCGGUGCUUCUGGGUGUGUCAUCGCCGCCAGAUUGGCUCAAUCCGAGAAGAAACCGUCCGUACUCCUCCUGGAAGCAGGCGGCAAAAACGACGAUGCCUCCUAUCGUGUUCCUGCCGACCGCUUUGCGCUGGCAUUCAGAGAGCCUUCGCUCAACUGGGGGUAUAAAACUGUUCCCCAGCAGCAUCUCAAGAGACAAGAAAUCGACUAUUCUCGAGGUAAGGGUCUCGGAGGCAGUACUGCUAUCAAUUUCUCCUGCUGGGUGAUUGGUCCUGAUGAGGACUACAAUGAGUGGGCGAGAAAGGUUGGCGACGAUGCUUGGAAUUGGACGAACGUGAAGCAGAGAUUGAAGAAGAUUGAGAGCUAUCACGUCGAGGUACCUGCAGAACAUCGGAAGUUUGUCAAUCCCAAAGCAGAAGAUCAUGGAACGACUGGGCCGAUCCACUUAUCCUAUGCAGAUCCAUGGGAGAAGGGAAUGGCCGAUGUUUUUGAAGCGGCUCAAGAGGUCGGCAUGGACGUGAACCUCGAUGUCAACUCCGGAAACCCGAUCGGCAUGGGAAUGGGGGCUGGUUGUGUUUACGACGGGGAAAGGACAACUGCUGCUGAUUAUUUAAAAAAUGCGCCCCCAAACCUCAAUAUCAUGGUAAACUCGCCAGCAGCAGAGAUUAUCUUCUCAGGCAACAGAGCCACUGGUAUCAGAACUAUCGACGGCAGAGCGUUUUCUGCCCGAUAUGACGUUAUCCUUUCACUUGGGGCUCUCAAUACACCACAACUGCUGAUGCUGUCUGGGAUUGGACCCGCCAAAGAACUGGAAAAACACGGCAUACCAAUAAAGAUCGAAGCUCCAGAGAUUGGUCAAAAUCUGCAAGAUCAUUGUUUCUCAACCGCAACGCUUCUUCGCAAUCCAGGCACCGAUGACCGCUCAACGUUUGAGGCAAAUUCAGAAGCAGCAAGAGCACAAUAUCAAAAGGACAAGUCAGGUCUUAUGCGUACUAUGUACUGUGGCGUACCUAUGGGCUGGUUCAAAAAUGACCGGGUCUUAGCAUCUGAUGAAUUCAAAUCACUUGACGAGAAUAUCCAAGAACAUAUAAAGAAGCCCACGGUCCCGAUCUUCGAAGUAGCCACGCAUACUCCGCCUCUAUAUGUCGGAGAUUACGAUUUAAAACCAACAGACAGCUACCUCACGGCAUUAUCAUUCGUGAUGAACCCGCAAUCGACAGGAGAAGUAACAUUGAACUCAGCCGACCCGUCGGAUGCCCCAAAGGUCGAUCCAAAUCUGCUGUCGCAUCCAUUCGACAGACGAGUGAUGAUAGAGGCUAUGCGCCAAACACUGGAUUAUUUAGAGGCUCCCGCCUUCAACAAAUCCACGAUUAAGAUGAUCGGCUGUCCAAAGAGUCGUUCGGAUGAUGAUAUUUGGGAUCACUGUGCUGGAGAUCUUUUCUCCUCGUGGCACAUGUGUAGCACUGUCCGAAUGGGCCGGAGAGACGACAAAGGUGCUUGUGUCGAUCCAGACUUCCGAUUGCGAGGAGCCCAGAAUCUGCGAAUUGUCGAUCUAAGUGUUCUUCCAUUGUUACCAAAUAACCAUACACAGUCGACUGCUUAUCUUGUGGGGGAGACUGCAGCAGAGAAGAUGAUCACGGAGUAUGGGCUGGCUCAUGAGGGCUUCUCACAAAUUAAACUCUGA